AUGCCUGAUAUCAUCUUCGACAUUGUCGGAACCUGUAUUUCGUACGAGAAAGUCAUCGAGGGAAUUGAGAGCCGUCUCGGAGCCAGAUUCAAAGAGUCCAACAUUGACACCCGGUUAUUCUUUUUCUUCUGGUUGGCGGGAUGCGAGCGUGAUUACUCGUACCUUUCCCAGGCAGGCCACUAUCAGCCUUUCCAAAAGGUCUUCAAGUCCACAUUCUACAGAUCCCUGUUUUUUGCCGGAAUCAAGGACCCACACACCUACGCUAAUGAUGACGAUUUGGAAUUCAUUUACGGAGAGUGGUUCAAAUUGGAAGGUAGACCCGAACUCAAGGAGAUGUUCAAGCUCCUGAGAGACAACGGCUUCACCAUCUGGUGUUUGACUGAUGCCUCUCACGAAAGAGUUGCUGGUUACUUCAAACGGUCUGGCGUGGAGAUGCCAUCCGAAAACCUGAUCUCAUGUGAUUCCAUCGGUGCUGGUAAGCCAGAAAAGGAGGUCUACGACUUCAUUGCCAACAAGAUCCCAUCAGAGAGCUCGAAAGCAUUCUUUGCUGCUGCCCACAUGUGGGACUCCUGUGCUGCCAAGCAGGCUGGAUUUAUUACUGCUUGGAGCAGUGUUCACGAGUACGAUCCGUGCGUGGAGAUCUUUGGAGAGCCAGACAUCUUAGCUACUGGACUGGUGGAUCUUGCCACCAAGAUCAUUGCAAAAAAAAAGGAGAUUAGUAAUUAA